AAAAACAGCCCGAGUGCUCCGCAGAUGAUCCUUUUAAACAAUGUCAACCCAGCUGAGCUGAGGAAAAACCAUUGGACAUUUGAGCACACACACAGUCCAGGAAUUACUUGACGGGAAGGAACCCGGAAACUGAUCAGCACAACCUAGUUCUCCUAAAAGUGUAUACUUCUCAGAAUAGAAAGGAGAUGAGCACCUCAUUGCAGUACAAGUCAUUCUCCAAAGAGCAGCAAACUAUGGAUAAUCUAGAGAAGCAACUCAUAUGUCCAAUAUGCCUAGAAAUGUUUUCCAAGCCUGUGGUCAUACUCCCCUGCCAGCAUAAUCUGUGUAGGAAGUGUGCGAGUGAUAUAUUCCAGGCUUCCAAUACGUAUUUGCCAACACGAGGAGGAAACACAGUAGCAUCGGGUGGACGUUUUCGCUGCCCAUCGUGUAGACAUGAAGUGGUGUUGGACAGACAUGGCGUAUAUGGACUACAAAGGAACUUACUGGUUGAAAAUAUUAUUGACCUUUAUAAACAGGAAUCUACAAGGCCUGAAAGGAAGACUGACCAACCAAUGUGUGAUGAGCAUGAAGAUGAGAAAAUCAAUAUUUAUUGUCUGAACUGUGAAGUUCCUACCUGCUCCAUGUGCAAAGUGUUUGGAGCUCACAAAAAUUGUGAGGUUGCUCCUCUUACACAAGUUUUCCAAAGACAAAAGUCUGAACUCUCAGAUGGCAUUGCAAUACUGGUUGGAUGUAAUGACAGAAUUCAGGCAGUAGUAAGCCAACUGGAGGAGACUUGCAAAACCGUUGAGGAAAAUAGUAAAAGGCAAAAAGAACAACUAUGUGAACAAUUUGAUUAUCUGUAUGCUAUUUUGGAACAAAGAAAGGGGGAACUGAGCCAAGCAAUCACCAGAGACCAAGAAGAAAGGCUUGAAUAUGUCCGAUCAUUAAUGAAAAAAUAUGGCAGCCACACGGAGACUGUUUCAAAGCUUGUUGAAUCAGGAAUUCAGUUUAUGGAUGAGCCAGAAUUAGCAGUAUUCCUACAGAAUUCUAAAACCUUGCUACAGAAAAUGACAGAGGCAUCAAGUGGAUUUCAAAUGGAAAAAGUUGAAGCUGGAUACGAAAAUAUGGAUCAUUUCACAGUGGAUCUAAACAGAGAAGAAAGAAUAAUACGAGAAAUCGACUUUUAUAGAGAAGAGGAGGAAGAAGAGGAGGAAGAAGAAGCAGCAGCAGAUGAUGAAGAUUCUGAAGGGGUUCACACAGAGUCUUCAGGGGAAGAAGAUGUAGCAGAAACAUUUGCACAGACAUCCCAGCUUGAAACCACUGAACUCGAUAACACAGCUGAGGCGCUACCUCCACCUCCAGAACUUGAAGUCAGUACUCCAUCUGCUGCUGUCCCUCAGGGCGAGGUUGAGCCAAGUGAUAUUCAACAGGCCUCUGAGUCUAACACUCAAGUGCCGUCAGCAACAGAAACCACUGAUCCCUUGCUUUAUCCUAGUUGGUAUAAGGGCCAAGCACAACAAGAAUCCAGCACAAACAAAGUCGAGUUGGGUGAUGCUCUGGGUCCUGUAGAUCAGUCAGUUCCUAAGGAAAUAACCGUAAAGAAUGAUCUUUCGUCAGUAACCCUUAAAGAAAGUUCAGCAGAGGCUGGAAAGGACACCAGCUCAUCUGCAGCAAUUCCACAGAAUGAGAUUGCUGCAUCUGUCCAGGGAGAAGCCCAGGAACAGACGGUGGCAAACCAACCAGACCAACCAGACAGUCCAGGUGGUACAAAGCAUGUCUUCUCCUUCUCUUGGCUCAAUACUGUACCCAAGUAACUCUUAGGCUCAUCAGAGACUCUGCACUGGUGGAUCCCAUGUUCUUCAUCCCUGUUGUGGUUGUUACUUCAAUUCAUUUUAUUUCUUAACAUUAUAUUACUGGAAAUCGGCACUGGUCCAUACCAAACAUUCUGUCAUUAGUGGUUUACACCAUAAACCAUUCUAGCAUCCAGAUGUGGCUACAACAGAACUUUUCAUAUUCUCCAUACCUCAUACAGAGAUAUUGUGGGACUAUAAUUCUCCACUUUUCAAGGAAAAUCAUUACUGUGGAAAAUCUGCCAAAAGGCCUCUUUUAGUGAGUGACCAUUAUCAUCACUUGUCUAUUGUUUACUUCUCUGUGUGUCUUUUCCAACAUUGUGAUAUCAUUUGUAGCAACACUACCAAAAGUGUCAGUGUUUGUGAAUUAAAUGUCUACAAUUCAAUAUUA